AUGCACUUGGUUAUAGAGAAAUACCGGAACGAACAGAGUAUAACACAACCACCUGACCCAAUUUUGGUACCUUUCCUGCGAAACAGUCGAGAAUGCGUAGUAAGUGCGAUUAUGGAAUUCAUAAGCUACAAUUUCAUAAUGGAUAGUCCACCGAAAUAUCGUGAUUCUGAAGGAGAUAUGAUUCUUUUGGAAACAAGAGAAGCUUUUGAGACUGCCUUCGAUGAUGUAAUGCAGACACCACUUAAGUUAUUCGUAGUCCAUAUAGAUGGUUUUUACAAUUUUGGACUGCCAAAAAAGCAAGACACUAACGUGUUUACCGCUGAACAAGCAAGUUCUUCUUCUUUUAAUACUUGUGCAAGAGACGGCAUGGGAGCUGUUUUAAUGGAUCAGAUUAUAAGAGAAAUCAAGCAAGAGGUGAAUAAACAAAUUGCUUGUCAUCCAGUAAUCAAUAAACUGAAACAGUUCAUGGCUAAAUUUAAAGAGCAAAAAACAUAUGCAGCAUGCUGCAGCGAACAGAAAUCCACUCAAACGGAUAUGUAUGAUGCUACUGUUGGUUCAUCGUCAUUAGCAGUAUUAGAAAGUCAAUGUUCGUCGAAAAUAGCACCCGAAGAGGAUGAUUUCACUGUCUUUCAGUUAGUUGACGAAAGCCCAGUAUGGGAUGUUAAGGCAAUUUAUGAAAGAAAAACAUUGCCUUUAACGAAAUGGGAAAAUCCUAGCUCAUCUGAUCUAGUGAAAACCGUUCGUGAAGGAGAGGGAAUUUUUUCUAAACGGUGGGUUCUUCGUCGAUUUGCUUGCAGAAGAUGGGAAAAUGUUUCGAUAAUUAGUGAAACGAUACCUGAUAUGCUAGAAAUAUAUCGUUCAAAGAUAACUGUGACGAAUUUGCCAGAAAGUGGCCAGGUUGUUGAUUUCACCGUGUGGGUGAAAUGCUCUGCUUCAACAGGAUAUUUCUGUGCAUCUUGGCGACUUCAUAAAAUAAUUGAGGAUGGUAGAAAUUCGAUCCCUGAAGGACCAAGGCUGGUAUUUGAAAUCUUUGUGAAUCCAUUCACCGAUGAAAAUUUAGCUAUCGGAAGGUCUGCCUUUUCUAAGGAAUUGGAUUCGUUUUCAUAUUAUACCGCAGUCAGAGAUGAGGAACAAACUAUCGAUGAUACUCGUGAAUUGGAGGAAUUAACGAGCUCUGGGUCUAUUUCAGCAUCUGAUUAUGAAGUGAUUGAUGGUGGAGAUGCUUUGGAUGAUUCUAAGGCGAAGUAA